AUGCAGGAUGCGCCGGUAGACGAUUCAACUCGACCUAUCACCAGACAUUCAUGGCGCUCUACACAAUUAUUGAAGCAGUGGUACACUUCCAAUUCUGCUUGGCCUUACCCAAGUGCAGAGCAAAAAAAGGAGCUCAGUCAUCAAACAGGCUUGAGCGUUCGCCAAAUAUCACAAUGGUUCGUAAACACGAGACGAAGAGAUGCUGAGCGGCAAGGAAACGAAAUACUUGACAGUAGCAUCAAUCCUGUGUCUUCAUCGGUACCUACCUCUUUGGAUCUGAAUGAAGAACAACAGGACAACGUAAAGGCAAUUGAUCGCCGGCACCGCUCCUCUUCAUCAGGUGCCAUCUCCCAGGUUACAGUUCAAGGUGACUUGGCUGGGCUUGUCUCCCGGGAUGAUGUGCCAGUUAAUGCUUCAGCUCUCUCAAGUUCUUGUUCUUCUUCUUACUCCCAUGGCUCCGAUCGUACAAGCCGUCAUCAUCGUAAGACGCGAUGUGUAGCUUUGCGCCAUACGGCGAGAGACGAGCCAGCAGAAGAGAACGAUUCGCGGAUUUAUCAGUGUACCUUCUGCAGACACCUUCAAAUCAAGAUACGACUGGACGAGACACGAGGGGACACUCCAUCUAGCUCUUGA